AAAGUACUUUAAAAACAAUUACAAAUGUUUAACGAUAAAUACGUAAACUCAUAAACCCGUUAAUUAAUACGCUAUUCGUAAUGUAUCUGUAGCGAUUAGCUUUCAGUGAUGCGAUAUAUUCAGUAUUAUAUCAUUAAAAUAUAGUCUUGAAACAUAACGUCAAUAUUCAACGCGGCGCUCUUUAUACCGGCGUGUAUACUAUAAAAUAGUGUACUUACAAAGUAAUACUUUGUUGAAGUUGUAGCGACAUUGUUGUAUCUGUAAUAUCUCAUCUUAAACGUGUGUGUGUUUGUCGUGUUUUACAGUGACGCAUCAUUGAUUUCCCCAUACCCCAAAACCCUGCGGUUUCUUCUUCAGCCAUUCGGAAUCUUUUUCUCAUCACUUCACAUCUCAGAUGGCAUCGUCAGACACGAGAGGACAGUAGCUACACUGGAUGUUGCCCUGACUUUCCGCUAAUCUCUGCGGUCGGACCAUGCGUCACAGUAAGCUGCAGAAACAGGUCCUGGCUCUGUACCGACAGUUCCUCCAGGCCGGACGCGAGAAGCCAGGCUUUGUGCCUCGGAUUCGGGAGGAGUUCAGGGUCAGUGCCCGCAUCAAAAGAACAGACGUGAUGCAUAUUGAAUAUCUGUACCGACGAAGACAGAGGCAACUGGAGCAGCUGAGAGAUGUCAACACCAAACAGCUGGGAUCCUUCUCAAAACCUACGGAGAAUAGCUGAUUUUUAUUUUUAUUUUUUUUUAUUUCAUCUACCUCCUGCAGCAAUAAAGUGUUUCGGUUCAGUGAGA